AUGUACCGGUUGAGAAAUGCUCCUCGCUGUUGGGCCGUCAUUCAGCCGUUGCUGUGUGCUGUUUACAUGCCAAAAUGUGAGAAUGGAAAGGUCGAAUUGCCCAGCCAGCACCUGUGCCAAGCUACACGCAAACCUUGCAGUAUUGUGGAGCGGGAGAGGGGCUGGCCCAACUUCCUCAAGUGUGAAAACAAGGAGCAGUUCCCUAAGGGUUGCCAGAAUGAGGUCCAGAAGAUCAAAUUCAACACUUCAGGACAGUGUGAGGCUCCCUUGGUCAAAACAGACAUCCAGGCAAGUUGGUACAAGGACGUGGAAGGUUGUGGGAUCCAGUGCAACAAUCCCCUGUUCACAGAAGAUGAGCACUCGGACAUGCAUAACUACAUUGCCAUCUUCGGCUCCAUCACUCUCCUAUGUACAUUCUUUACGCUGGCCACAUUUCUCGCCGACUGGAAGAAUUCCAACCGUUACCCCGCUGUGAUCCUGUUUUACGUCAAUGUAUGUUUCUUUAUCGGAAGUAUUGGAUGGCUCGCUCAGUUCAUGGAUGGAGCCCGCAAGGAGAUUGUGUGCAAAAGCGACGACACUAUGCGGCUUGGAGAGCCAUCAUCCACCGAGACGCUGUCAUGCGUGAUUAUCUUCGUCAUUGUGUAUUAUUCUCUAAUGUCUGGAGUUAUUUGGUUUGUUAUGCUCACUUAUGCCUGGCACACAUCGUUUAAAGCCUUGGGAACCACCCAUCUGCCUCUGUCUGGAAAAACAUCCUAUUUUCACCUGGUCACAUGGUCUAUUCCUUUCAUACUGACAGUUGCUAUACUGGCCAUUGCAGAGGUGGAUGGAGAUUCAGUUAGCGGCAUUUGCUUUGUUGGUUAUAAGAACUACAGAUACCGUGCAGGGUUUGUUCUGGCUCCUAUCGGGGUGGUCCUUGUCGUUGGCGGCUAUUUCCUGAUACGAGGGGUUAUGACAUUGUUUUCCAUUAAAAGUAACCAUCCGGGGCUGCUCAGUGAAAAAGCUGCUAGUAAAAUCAAUGAAACCAUGCUGAGGCUUGGUAUAUUUGGAUUCUUAGCCUUUGGUUUUGUUUUCAUCACAUUCGGCUGCCAUUUCUAUGACUUUUUCAACCAAGCUGAGUGGGAAAAAAGCUUCAGGGAAUAUGUACUAUGUGAGGCUAAUGUCACCAUAGCUCAUCAGACCAACAAGCCGAUCCCAGAGUGUGCCAUCAAGAACAGGCCUAGUCUGCUGGUGGAGAAGAUCAACCUCUUCUCAAUGUUCGGUACAGGCAUUGCAAUGAGCACAUGGGUCUGGACGAAGGCCACCAUCCUUAUUUGGAAACGCACCUGGUUCAGAAUCAUUGGAAGAAGUGACGAUGAGCCGAAACGCAUUAAGAAGAGUAAAAUGAUUGCCAAGGCAUUCUCAAAGCGAAAAGAACUGCAGAAGGAUCCAGAGAAAGAGCUGUCCUUCAGCAUGCACACCGUUUCUCAUGAGGGACCUGUGGCGGGUAUCAACUUUGACCUGAAUGAGCCAUCAAUGGAAAUGUCUUCUGCGUGGGCCCAACAUGUGACCAAGAUGGUGGCUAGAAGAGGGGCAAUUUUACCACAGGAUAUCUCAGUGACGCCCACCGGAACACCUGUUCCGCCUCCAGAGGAAAGAAACAAACUUUGGAUGGUUGAAGCAGAAAUUUCUCCUGAAAUGAUGAAAAGAAAGAAGAAGAAGAAAAAGAGAAGGAAGGAAAUACGGCCAACGGGUCCUGCAGCGGACGAAGGGAAGACUGCCUACCACCGGAAGGAGUUUGGCCCCAGCUCAGUCCCCCGUCUCCCAAAACUUCCAGGUCACCAGAGUCUGGUGGCUAACCUGUGGGAGCAGCAGCGACAGCGGCAGGAGGAACAGGAUAUGCUACCUGGAGCCUUCCCUGAAUUCAGGCCUUCAUGUCCUCUUCCUUACCAGGAGAGAUAUGGUGGUUUGGGAUAUUUAUGCAAUAAACCCUCCAGCCUCCCCCUUGCCAGUCCCCUGACGCUAAGAGAUAGCAUGCAAGAUGAUUCAGAUGGCUUCCAGCAAUCAUCAUGGAAACCUAAUGGGGUUUUCCGGCACCUUGGGAAGGAAGCUUCCGUGAUGGGUGCUGGCAGGACUGCCGUUGUGCCACGGGUCGAUGGCAGGAGGGGUGUACCAAUACACUCCAGAACAAAUCUUAUGGAGGCUGAGCUACUGGAUGCUGACUCAGAUUUUUAAAUCUUUGGAGUUGUUGGUGCUCAUUUUGCGCUGUGAAAGGUGCUGCAUACUCAUGCCAAACAAUGAACCUGAAGCAGAAGUGGGUUCGAACUGCUGUGCCAGCUCUGCUUGUCUAAAGGAUAAUACGUUUUUAUGCGACUCUCAUGAUAAUGAGAAUUAUGAACUGGAUUUAUGAAACAUUAUUAAAGAGUCAUAAAAACAUUUGUGCCUUCGACAUGGAUUUUGUAACAUCCCACAUGUGAUUGUGGUGACAAUACAUAUUGUUCAGUUUGCUAGCUGGGCUAAUAUGACAUAAUUUUGAUUCCUUUCUUUGUUUGGAACAGGUUAGUGUGUAAAGGGGCUUUAUUUAAGAAUGCCACAUAAUUCGGAUCUUAGCUUAAAGGGGAAUUGUGUAAUUUCUGCAGCACUGGAGUUACCAAACGGAAUCACAAAAAUAAUGACUGUUUUCAAACAGGCCCGUCUGUCAUUGGUCAAUAAAAUAGGUAGCCCCACCCAGAACACAUGCCAUUGACUGAGCCAGUGUUGCUGUGUUGGCAUAAUCAAAAAUAGCCUUUUUUAAGAUCUCUUGAUCUGUAGAUGGCGCUGUAACCAAAUUUGUCUUUUGCCUUCAGAUCAUAGCACCGAUGAAGGGUACCAAGUUUUGUUUUGACAGAUCAAAGUAUUGCCAGGAUACAGCCUCUAAUCCAAUUUUGGGUCGACGUUGUUAACUUAAUGUUAAUGUCAUAUUAAAGGGAUCUCCAACCCUGCUCCUGGAGAGCUACUGUCCUGCAGACUUCCAGUC